UUUACUAUGAAAAUCAUAAUUAAGGUUUUCUGUCGCCGCCCACCUGUGCUCUAAACAUUGGAGUUAGUUCACUGAAGAAACAACUGCGAGGAUGUCACUCGGAAUAAAAUAAAUUCAUUAUUUCCAACAGCGAUAUUAUGAAACUGGUAAUCGGAAUUGUUAUUUUUUGCAUAAUGUCAAAAUGCAUUCAUUCGCAUCACGAUUACGGCGACUACUACAAACGUGCACCGGACGAUGGAUAUCAAAAUAUACCACAAGCCGAUUAUUUAAGCAAUCCCGAUGCGUACCCUGUAUCCAAUAAUUACAACUACAUGCCGGAAGAAUGUAUUUGCUCCUGCGAUAUUUGUUAUAGCAAUCCUAAGGAAUGUUGCAUGGAAUAUUGUACUAAAUGUACAGAAGAAAACCGACCUGAAUUACUAUAUUACCCUUAUCCAUAUUAUAUAAUCAAUUCGCCCAGCCCUUCUAUACCGAAACCAACAGAAGCUCAAAUUAAAAUCGAAACAACAAUAACAACAACAACACAAGCAACAACCACAGAAACAGAAGAAGGUCUAGAACAAACGCCUAUAGCGAGAAUGGACAAUGAAGGUAUAUCAGAAGAUGCUAUACAAGAGAGUUAUAUUAAAGAAUUGUUGGAGAACGCACGAUACAAUAAAAAAGACGACAAAGUAAGGCUGACAUCAUUAAGACGUACAAAACCUAGAUGGAUGCCUAAAUUUGGUAUUGUACCAAUACCAGAUCAACUUGCGGAGAAUUUAAUGUUAAAAAUUAGAAAUAUGAAAGUUCUGCAUCCCGAAAAGGAUACAAUUAGAAGAAUAGAAUCGAUAUAUCCUAGAUCUGAAUAA